ACUGUGAAAUGGAAACUUAUUGGCUAGAGAAUUUCCUCUUCGUUUCCUAACGAAUGGUUCAAAAAUAGCUUACUCCGGAUCAUGCAAUCAAGCAGUCAAGAAAUCAGCGUUCAAGAUGAGGCUGUGGAUAAAAGCCGUUUCAAGACAUGCAAGCAAAUUGCCUUUUACAGGCGUCAGAAACGUUUAUGUCCUGGAAAAUCACCAUACCAAGCCUUACUACAAACUGUGGAACUAUCCAACAGCAAUGUCAAAUUCCAAAUUUUCAAUGAAGAUAGCAAGGUAACUCUUUCAGUAGAAAUGUAUGAAAUAGAGGGCAAUAUUUUCAGACUUAAAAUAAAUGAGGUAAAUCCACUCAAGCCAAGAUAUGAAGUCCCUGAUGUUCUCAUACAGGAACCAGCUAGCUUGAGGCUGAAGAUAUCAGAGAAAGAUGCAGACAAACUUGUGCUGGUAGGUGCUGAGCAAGACCAGCAGAUUCAUAUAAUGGCAAAACCUUUUCAAAUACAUCUUAUUUCUAAGGAUGAAAUUUUACUGAGCAUCAAUUCCAAUGGCCUGUUGUAUUUGGAACACCUACAGUCACCACCUCAAAGCAGGAAAUCUACUUCACAAGAAGAGGAAAGUGGAUUGGCAGACUCUUUUAAGGAAACUGAAGAACAUUUAGGUCUCUGGGAAGAAAAAAUUGGCAACUUUUUAGAUAUCAAAGCUAAUGGUCCUAGCAGUGUAGGUUUAGAUGUUUCUUUGCAUGGAUUUGAACAUCUCUAUGGAAUACCUCAGCAUGCAGAAACCCUCCUCUUGAAAAAUACCAGUGAUGAUGAUGUCUACCGGCUUUAUAAUCUAGAUGUCUUCGGGUAUACCAUCCACAACAAAAUGGGCAUUUAUGGUUCAGUGCCCUUACUCUUAGCCCAUAAGCCUGAUCAGACAAUUGGAGUCUUUUGGCUAAAUUCGUCAGAAACAUUGGUGGAGAUUUCUACAAAAGCUUCAAUGAAGGAGAGGUGGAAUAUGUUCUGCAUGGAGGUAUUGCUGCAUUGUGUUUUACCUUCCCAAACUCCAAACAUGUCCAAGCAGAGGGUGGUGCCUCAAACUGAUGUGCGCUGGAUGUCAGAAAGUGGAAUAAUUGACAUGUUCAUCUUAAAGGGACCCAGUCCUUUUGAUAUUUUUAAGCAGUAUGGACAGCUAACAGGCACUCAGGCUCUGCCUCCCCUCUUCUCUCUUGGGUACCAUCAAUGCCGUUGGAAUUAUGAAGAUGAGGAUGAUGUAGAAAAAGUAGAUGCAGGUUUUGAUACCUUUGACAUCCCCUAUGAUGUCAUAUGGCUAGACAUUGAACACACUGAUGGCAAACGGUACUUCACUUGGGAUAAGAAGAGAUUUCCCAAUCCUGAGAAGAUGCAGAAGCAGAUACUUAUGAAGAAAAAACGCAAGCUGGUUGUCAUUGUGGACCCACAUCUUAAGAUUGAUCCUCUUUACACUAUCUACUCACAAGCAAAAGCGAAAGGAUUCUUUAUAAAAGAUCGUAAUGGUGAAGAUUUUGAGGGUCGCUGCUGGCCAGGUCUGUCAUCAUACCUGGAUUUUACCAAUCCUGAAGUCCGACAAUGGUAUGCAGAUCAGUUUGACUUCAAAACAUACAAGAGUUCUUCUGAAAUUGUUUUUAUCUGGAAUGAUAUGAAUGAGCCUUCAGUCUUCAAAGGGAUAGAACAAAGCAUGUCAAAAGAUGCUAUUCAUUAUGGCAAAUGGGAACAUCGAGAUGUUCAUAAUCUCUAUGGCUUUUACCAGCAAAUGGCAACCGCAGAAGGGCUGGUGAAACGAAGUGGAGGACUGGAGAGACCCUUUGUUCUUACCCGCUCUUUCUUUGCUGGAUCACAGAAGUAUGGUGCAGUUUGGACUGGAGACAAUAAAGCAGAUUGGAGUUACUUGAAAAUCUCCAUUCCAAUGUUGCUGACAAUCAGCAUUGCGGGAAUUUCUUUCUGUGGAGCGGAUGUAGGUGGAUUUAUUGGAAAUCCAGAACCAGAACUACUGGUUCGAUGGUAUCAGGCUGGGGCUUUGCAGCCUUUCUUCAGAGGCCAUUCCAGUAUGAAUACCAAACGUCGUGAACCCUGGCUAUUUGGGGAAAAGAACACAAAGAUAAUCAGGGAAGCUAUUAAGGAGCGCUAUUCCCUCCUUCCUUACCUUUAUACACUGUUCUAUCAGGCACAGAGCAUGGCUGAACCAGUUAUGAGGCCUCUCUGGGUGGAAUUUCCAAAGGAAUUAGAAACUUUUGGCAUUGAAGAUGAGUACAUGCUUGGAAGUGCAUUAUUGGUACAUCCAGUCACCGCUCCAAAAAUCAGUGCAGCCAAUGUCUUUCUGCCAGGCCCACAAGAGAUUUGGUAUGAUUUCCGAAAAUUUAGACGUCUGGAAGGUCAUGGCAUAUUGAAGAUCCCAGUAACACUGAACAAUAUUCCUGUAUUUCAACGUGGUGGGACUAUUGUACCUCUAAAGAUUUCUGUAGGAAAAUCCACAGAAUGGAUGGUUGAUGUUCCAUAUGAACUGCAUGCUGCCUUAGAUUAUAAGGGAUGUGCAACAGGUAAACUAUACCUGGAUGAUGGCCACUCAUUUCAUUAUCUCCAUGAGAAACAGUUCCUGCUCAGAAAGUUCAGCUUCCAUGAGAAUGUCCUCUCCUCCAGAUGUGCUAAUGAAGAAGGGCUAUUCCAGACAAAAUGUAUAGUUCAACAGAUACUGAUUUUGGGAAUAAAAAAGGAGCCUUCUGUUGUGACAACAACCAUGUUUGAUGGAAAAGAAGACAAGACAGUGGCUUUCACAUAUGAUAGCAGAAAUUCUGUGCUGACCCUUCAAAAACUUUCCUUAAACAUUGGCAAUAACUGGGAACUUCGUAUCAAAUGAAAGUACAGCUUCAGAUAUGCUGACUCUGUAAACGGCUUAGAGAGGAUUGUAAAGCACUGUGAAGCAGUAUAUAAGUCUAAGUGCUAUUGCUAUUCAGAGAUGCAGAUGAAAAACUGAAAAAUAAUACUUUGAACAAUUUAGCAUGGUUUUUUUUUAAUGGAUUUUUUUGAAGUAGACUGAACGCAAUGUAACUACUGUUUGUAUAAUUUAAUUGAUUCACAUUCAAAAUGUUUUUCAUGGAUGAAAACUUUUUGAUAUUAUUUGCAAAAACUGUUUCUUGGGGAAAUUGGUCUUCUCCAGGAUUUUGCAGUUCUGUAUUAAAUGUUUAUAUUUUUUGUAUAUCCGUGCAAUGGUUCUCUUGCUUUUAUAACACUUUUGCAGUAAAUUAUCUGCUUACGUUUUAAUUGAUGCACUGUUCUGUUUCUGGGUGGAUUCUGUUUAGCAAUUUGACACAUUAAUUCUGCCAAGAAGUUCUUAGAAAGAAGAAAUAUGAAUGAGAAUAGUUAUAAUAGGUAUACAUCUGCCACAGAGAGAUUCUGCUUCAUAAAGCAUAAAUGCAUUUUUAUAUAAGGUAAAGACAUCUUGAAUUAAUGAACUCUAGCCUUCUUUUAGUUGAUGCACUUCAGAUGUGUUGAAUUAUAGAAUCCCCAUAAAAAUUGUGAGAAUCAGCCUCCUAUUAUGUACAAAAAGAAACCCGAGGAAUGAUAUGAUAAACUGAAAGGGAAUAGGAAAACAGUAUCACAAUAAGGAAACCAAUUCAGGCUUUAUUUUGUUGAGCAAUUAAUAUUUCAUAUGGAAAAAAAUUACCAAAAGUAACUUUUUCUGUUUGCAGAGCAGAGAAACAUAAUUGCCAUUUCAGUAUUAAAAGGGCCAUAUUUUAGAAGCGUCCAAAACAUUCAGUCUCAUGUUUUCACAACAAAUGCCUCUUCUUUCAGAACAUAUCUGCUUAUUGAGGCAGAACUUACUUGAGGAAAAAGUCUCAGGAUAUU